AUGGCUGAGCAAAUUACGAGCAUUCAACUUGGGCGCGAAGUGGAGCGCCUUGUUACGGCCCCAUAUGCACCUUCGCUACAGGACCUAUAUGGAUUGAUUCAGGAUGCAUCACCUGCUUCUAUCAGACAUUGGGCGUUCUGUAAACCAUGCCAGAUUGGGGCCCUCGUAGACCUUCUCGUUGAAGGUCUAUCUCGGUCCCGCCUUGCUUUAUCUUUGCUUAAUGCAUUCAUGCCCGUCGUUUCUUUUCGUGAUUUCUUACUUCAGCAAUACCCUCAUCUUCUUGACCAAUUCCUUGAAAAGUCUACGACAGAGGAGGGUUCCGAGUAUGCUUCUCUAUGCAUUGCAAUUCUGUCCUCCCCUCUGCCACCGGCAUUCCUUGUCCCAGCGCGUUUGACAGCGUUCCUCUCAUCGGUAAUCCGUCAAUUAUCAGAGAAUCCGUGCUCGGAGACUAUUUUGCCCCUGCACCGUAUAUCAAAUGGCCUACAAACCUCUCCCAGAGUUUUACUCGAGAUUUCCACCGAGAUCAUGUCGAGCAUCCAGGUUGAGCUCACAAAGACAUUACGCAACCUCGCUGACCACAUGGGCAAUCUUCUUUCUCUCGCAACCUUGGCCAACCUUGCAUCGCUGCAGGGGAAAUUAUCGAAUCAAGAAUCCCGAUCAUCUACUCCGCUAUGGUUGCAAAGUGUUAGCCAUUUCUUUGGGCCCAAGCGCGGGCUCAAGACAAUAGAUCUUGUAGUCCUGAGAGUGAUCCUUGCUUGCUCUGACUCAUGCAGUGAACUGACGCCAGUACAAGCUGCUGAAAGUGUUUGCUUAGCUAUUCAGAUUUGUGAUAGGGUCGAACCUGAGCAGAAGGAAGCAUGGAAUGCAGCAAAUCCAUCCAAGAUCGCCAAAUUGCGAGAGAAAGUGAUGAGAAGCGGCAUUGAUCGCGGCGUACAAAUACUGGGUGCUACCUUCCUCGUUUCUAUUCUUCCAACAGCGGCACUGACCCCCGAAAUACCUCGACUUGCUCUCGACUGGGCCUUGUCAGAAACUAGUCCCGUUGUGUUGAGCGUGCUUCCCCUCGAGUAUAUGCAACGACUAGCAAUUGCAAAUGCCGCUUGUUCGAAAGAGUCCGCAGUACGGGAGAUCCUUGACUAUGCUUUCUCGACGCUACAAAUAUCACGUCCGAGCAAUCCAUCGGACUUGCAGAGUCUAGAGAUAGCGAGGUCACUCGUCACAGGCUUACAGCACGCAGACGCGAAACUAUUCACCACCUGCAUUUCGGAGACAAUCCUGCGUGAAUGCAGCAAGUCGAUGAUUCGCCCCCUCGAAAGUUUCCCAAGAGCUCCAUCUGCAACACAAUGUCAUGAGUCCAGUAUAUGCUACGACUUACAUUCGCAGCUGCAGAAUGAGCUAGUUUGUGACCUGUUUGCUUGCAACCUAUACGCGUCGCUGUCCCACAAAUGGGACGCCAGCGGACUGUAUCCUGCCGAAGCCGGUACUUUGCGGCUGUUCACUGAAAAGUCCAAGCAGUUCCUUUGCAGGCGUAGAUGCAGAAUCUCAACGAAUAAGCCCAACGACGGUGUCAGGAUCGUCUCGCCACUUAGAUCACAUGAAAAUUUGCCAAGUUCAAGAUCCAAUUGGAGGGAAGCGAUGACAGAAACAUUGAUGCUGAAUUCACGUACAAGUCAAGAGACUAUGAUACGCGCGAUUGAAGAUAUCUGCUAUGACCUUGAGCAGCGCUGUGGCAAUGUCGAAGCCCCCCUCAGAGCAGUGGAAAGAGAACGUGACGAGUACUCUUUGGAAGCGGAAAAACUGCGAGAAGAGAACGUUGAGCUACAAUCGCAGCUAGUUAAGUCCUCCGGCACUAUUGACGAUCUACACCAGGAUAUCUUCCGCCUGGAGCAUCAGUCAGAAGCUGCAUCUAUGCGUGCCGAAGAGUUGACGGCGAACUUGAAGGCGUUACAGAAGGAAUUGGCGGACCAUCGGCGCGAAUCUCAAGAGACUGUCACAUGCGAGCGAGAACAGGCCAGGACCAGGGAAUUGGACCUAGUGGCCUCUAUCACUGAAAAGGAUGAUCUGUUGGAAGCGCUUCAAGAAGAGGUCACCGAGCAAAAGCAAGCGUAUGACGACCUACGGAAUGUGCUUGCCGAGGUCUCCAAAGAUAAAGCCACAUGUCUGGAGCAAGUUGUUUCCUUGGAACAAGAAGCUGCUGUGCUUCGACAAAGCCUACAUCAUUUCCAAACACUGGUUGUUGACAAAGAAGAGGAAGCGAAGCGAAUCUUGGAUGAGAAGCAAAACACCGGCAGAGAGGCAGAGAUGUUACAAGAGAAGGUGAGCUUUUCAAUAUCUUGUUCGAAUGGGAAUCGUUCUCUAAUAUUGCACAGCUGCACGAACGAAAUGCAGAAUUCGACAAGCUUCAAGAGGCACUUCAAACCGCGAUUGAGGAACACCGGAGAGAACAACGAUAAAUGGAAGGAAAAAUACGCUCGUGUAUGUGCUUCCAAAGACAAAGCUGCUAUAAUCGCUGCCACGGAAGCGAAGGAGAAAAACAAGCGCAUUGAAUACUUGGAAACAAAGACGCGAAAGCUCAAAGACGAGCGAGCAGCUAAAGCUCGGGAGUUCUCUGAGGCCCAGCAACACAUCGGACGGCUGAUGAACAUUAUGGGGUUCAAAGCUGAGCCCGAGGUGUCAAUGACUCCGAAGAAACACCGGCGGCCUAGAUCUAACAGUAGAGCAGAAUCCGCUGAGCCCGUGGCGAUGCCGCAACAAACGCAGGUUGAAGUGGAAGAGGAGGACUUUCAGACUCAGCCCGAUGAGCGUUCGGGAGCAAGUUUUGAGAGCGAGAUGUCCUCCUCUAGGAAUCAAAGCCAGAAAAGAUCUCUGGACAGGGCAUUUCCCGACGCCGACCUGUCCUCACCUCGUACUGUAAAUGGCGGUCAGCUGGUGGAUGCGGGUGGCCGUGAGGCCGCGGCUUCAAAACAACAUCGACAGAGGACGCCUCUGGCAGACGCGGAUCCGAACAGUCAACCUUCCUCUCAGCAAAGUACUAAAUCGCAUCGCAGUGAAAGUGUGAGACACACAGUCGAUCAGAGCCAACCCCGUGGAGUGCUGGGUGAAAAUCACUUACAACACAUCGAUUUGGAUAUGGAUUUGGAGUUCUCCAAGGACUUCCUGUUUACAAGCACGUCUUUGUCCAACUCAAACGACCACGCGCCACCGUCUGAGACAUAG